AUGUCUGCCUUCAGAGGUGGGCGUACCGGCGGCGGCGGGCCACCCAAGGGACAGUUCCUGAAUGGUGUCUGGCACUGCGACUGCAAUCCUCGACUGCCUGCAGUGCAUUUCGAAACCAAGAAAGAAGGUGCAAAUAAAGGCAGAUGGUUUCGCGCUUGCCAAAAGCCACAGAAAUCCGAAGACCGAUGUCAAUUCUUCCUUUGGGAUGACCACGCAAAGACCAGGGAGCAGAAUGCUCUUGCAAAUAACUGUCGUACCGAACCCGGCCCCCCCAAUCCAGCUCCCACCAACCUAGCCACGCCUUCCAGGCGCCCGCCCUCUGCUCCAUCACCUUAUACGAUCAAAACAAACCCCUCCGCGUCAAGUCGCAAGCGAUCACGACCUAUCAACGAUGAUUUUGACGACGAAUACGGUCUUGGGCAAGUCGACGACGAUGAUCUAAACCAGAUCAUGGUUCAGGUAGAGACGCCAAGCAAGGCUGCGAAGACGACCAACUUCACAACUCCGGCGCCAAAGAGACAAAAGCUGCCGUGGCAGAUUGAGCCGGGCAGUAGCUCUAGGAAGAAUGGGUUACAGACGCCUCAAACCGACCAAACAACUCUACAAGACAAUCCAUUCGCCUCCAAGUACCCAACACCAAGGGGCGCGCUAUUCACUCCCUCCAAGACCGAUGCAGAUGAAGACCAGCAGGUCGAAACUCCUUCUUCAUUUGAUGCAACACCCACUCCAAAUCGGUUUAGUAAUGCUGUGAAUGAAGACGUUGUCAAAGACGUCUUCGACUUGCUGAAGAGUAGCAGCGUGCGUCUCCAGGAACACACCGAGAAGGAGCUUAGAACUCUACUAGUACGGCAUACAAAGAACACGGAAGGAUACAAGAGAGGUCGUGAUGUCAUCCGUAGUACAGUGAAGGCGAAAGAAGCGAAGAUCACGGAGCUGACCUAUCGCAUCAACACACUCGAAGCUGAGCUUGAAGCAGAGAAGGCCAUGGUCAAGCAUCUUCGAUGGGAGACGCAGAACAAGUCAGACACUUGA